CACUUUCCAGGCGAUUUGUGCAGCUGUUUGGGGGAAUCCAGUCCCUCUCAUGCCCGAAUUUUGUUGGUGGAAUCGGUUGGCCGGAGAAGGAAGGUUAGCGCGGUGACCGGAAGCAGUCGAUCGCGAUGACGUCCUUGUCGCGGACGCUCUCCCGGGCCGGCCCGAUGCAGCCGCCGGGGCCUCGCCGGAUUCUGAGGACGCAGACCGCCGUAAACCUCGGCGAGCCCAUCUUCGACAGUGAGGUGGUGCCGUCGUCGCUCGUGGAGAUCGCGCCCAUCCUCCGUGUCGCCAAUGAGGUCGAGGCGGCCAACCCCCGCGUCGCCUACCUCUGUCGAUUCUAUGCGUUUGAAAAGGCUCACAGAUUGGAUCCAACUUCAAGCGGUCGAGGUGUCCGACAAUUCAAGACCGCUCUCCUGCAACGGCUUGAAAGGGAGAAUGAGCCCACCUUGACCGGAAGGGCCCAGAAGAGUGAUGCACGGGAAAUACAGACCUUCUAUCGACACUACUACAAAAAAUAUAUUCAGGCACUUCAAAAUGCUUCUGACCAAGGGGAUCGUUCCCAACUUACCAAAGCAUACCAGACCGCCAAUGUUCUAUUUGAGGUUUUAAAAGCAGUCACUCAACAACAUUCUGUUGAAGUUGAUGAUGAGAUCUUGGAAACUGCCGAUAAGGUUAAAGAGAAGACAAAAAUCUAUAUCCCUUUUAACAUUCUGCCUCUUGAUCCUGACAGUGGCAACCAGGCAGUCAUGAAAUUUCCUGAGAUACAAGCUGCUGCUUCUGCUCUUCGCAAUACUAGAGGCCUUCCACUACCCAAAAAUUAUGAGAAGAAGGUUAACGAGGACCUCUUGGAUUGGCUACAAGCUAUGUUUGGCUUUCAGACAGAUAAUGUUUCUAAUCAGAGGGAGCAUUUGAUUUUACUUCUUGCUAACAUACAUAUACGGAAAAAUCCAAAGACUGAUGAACACUCAAAGUUGGAGGACAAUGCACUUAAUGAAGUGAUGAAAAAGUUAUUUAAGAACUACAAGAAGUGGUGCAAAUAUCAUGGUCGCAAGAGUAGCCUUUGGUUGCCAACAAUUCAGCAAGAGGUGCAACAACGAAAAUUACUCUAUAUUGGUCUGUACCUUCUUAUCUGGGGUGAAGCUGCAAAUCUGCGAUUUUUGCCAGAAUGUCUUUGCUACAUAUAUCAUCAUAUGGCAUUUGAAAUGUAUGGUAUGCUAGCUGGAAAUGUGAGUGCCAUGACGGGUGAAUAUGUGAAGCCAGCCUAUGGCGGUGAUAAAGAAGCCUUUCUAAAGAAGAUUGUCACUCCAAUUUACUGUACCAUUGCCCAGGAAGCUGAAAGGAGCAAAAGAGAAAAAGGGAAUCAUUCUCAGUGGAGAAACUACGAUGAUCUUAACGAAUUUUUUUGGUCUGCUGACUGCUUUCGGCUAGGUUGGCCUAUGCGAGCUGAUGCUGAUUUCUUUUGUCAACCUUUAAAGCCAGUUGAUGAAAGAAAUGAAGGCACAAUUAAGGCUGACAAGCAGAAAGGCAAGGUCAAUUUUGUGGAGCUACGCUCGUUUUGGCACAUAUUCAGGAGUUUCGAUAGAAUGUGGAGCUUCUUUAUUCUAGCUCUUCAGAUUAUGGUUAUUCUUGCUUGGAGUGAAGGAGGGUCAUUAGGUAAUAUUUUUGAUCCUCUGGUUUUCAAGGAGAUCUUGAGCAUCUUUAUCACUUCUGCUAUGCUAAAUUUUGGACGAGCUACACUUGACCUAAUCUUUAAUUGGAGGGCCAGGAGAACGAUGGAAUUUAUGGUCAAGCUGAGAUAUGUCCUGAAGUUUGCAUUAGCAGCUCUGUGGGUGGUACUUCUGUCGGUUACAUAUGCAUACACCUGGGAGAAACCGACAGGAAUUAUUAGGGCCAUCAAAAACUGGUUCGGAAAUGGUCCAGAUCAACCAUCACUCUUUAUCAUUGCAGUAGUCGUAUACUUGUUGCCUGAUGUGCUAGCUGCUGUACUUUUCGCUCUUCCAUUACUACGCCGGAAACUUGAAGGUUCAGAUUACAAGCUCCUGAGAUUGAUCAUGUGGUGGUCUCAGACUCGUCUGUUUGUUGGUAGGGGAAUGCAUGAAAGCGCGUUCUCACUUUUCAUGUACACCAUGUUUUGGGUUGCUCUUCUUUUGACAAAGUUCGUAUUUAGCUACUAUGUCGAGAUAAGGCCCCUUGUUGAUCCCACCAAGGAUAUCAUGAAAUUCCCUAUAAAUCAUUUCCAAUGGCAUGAGUUUUUUCCAAGAGCGAAGGGCAAUAUUGGCGUUAUAAUUUCACUUUGGGCCCCAGUCAUUUUGGUGUAUUUCAUGGACACCCAAAUUUGGUAUACAAUCUUCUCCACUCUAGUUGGUGGAGUUUAUGGUGCUUUUCAACGACUUGGCGAGAUCCGCACACUUGGAAUGCUGCGGUCUCGCUUUGAUUCAAUACCUUUAGCCGUUAAUGAUUGUCUAGUUCCGGUUGAAACAUCUGAUGCAAGGCGGAAGAAAGGUCUAAGGUCUAAUUUCAAGAAUCGUUUCAAGGAGAUGACACAUGAAGAUAAGGAGAAGGUAGCUGCAAGAUUUGCACAGAUGUGGAAUGAAAUUGUCUCUAGCUUUCGUGAGGAAGACCUUAUAGAUAACAGGGAGAAGGAGCUGCUACUUGUUCCAUAUGUGGCUGAUCAGGGUCUUCGUGUUACGCAGUGGCCUCCAUUUUUGCUUGCCAGCAUGGUUCUUCUCUGCUUUUACUUUGUUUAUUUUAUUUCUAAUUUAUGGGAAGCCACCCUCAUUCCCUUCUAUUUAUAUGCAAAUGGACAGGUUCCCAUAGCCGUUGACAUGGCGAAGGAUAGCAAUGGUAAAGACCGUGACCUGAAAAAGAGGAUUGAAAAUGAUUAUUAUUUUUCUUGUGCAAUUAAAGAAUGCUAUGCAUCGUGUAAAAACAUCAUCAAUGAUCUUGUACAUGGUGAACCAGAGAAAAGGGUCAUAAAUAUUAUAUUCACUGAAGUUGAAAAGUGUAUUGCUGAGGACAAAGUUAUUACAGAUUUGAAUAUGCAAUCCCUGCCAGAUCUCUACAAUAAGUUUGUUGAAUUGGUAUUAUACUUGAAAGAGAACGCUGAGAAAGAUAGGGUUGCUGUGAUAAAGAUAUUCCAAGAUAUGCUGGAGGUUGUAACAAGAGAUAUAAUGGAAGAGCAACUUCCUAGUGUUUUGGAGUCAAGUCACGGGGGUUCAUAUCAAAGGCCAGAGGGCAUGAUUGCAUUGGAUCAUGAAUAUCAGUUAUUUCAACCAUCUGGAGCUAUCAAGUUUCCACUAGAAGUCAGAACAGAGGCUUGGAAAGAAAAGGUGAAUAGGCUGGAAUUACUGCUCACGGUGAAAGAGUCUGCUAUGGACGUUCCUUCAAAUCUUGAAGCCAGAAGGCGUCUUACGUUUUUCACCAACUCUUUGUUUAUGGAUAUGCCUGAUGCUCCUAAAGUCCGAAACACACUUUCAUUUUCUGCAUUGACUCCUUAUUACAAUGAACAUGUUCUUUUUUCCAUAAAAGAGCUUGAUGAGGAAAAUGAAGAUGGAGUUUCCACUCUGUUCUAUCUACAAAAAAUUUAUCCAGAUGAAUGGACGAACUUCCAGGAAAGGAUUGCUGGCUGGGACGAGGAACUAAAACAAAAUGAAGAACUGAAGGAAGAAGAGGUUCGUCUAUGGGCUUCAUACAGAGGUCAAACGCUAACUCGAACAGUUAGAGGCAUGAUGUACUACAGAAAAGCUUUGGUUCUUGAAGCAUUUCUAGAUAUGGCCAAACAUGAAGAUCUCAUGGAAGGAUAUAAAGCAGCUGGGUCAAUAUCGGAUGAAGAGUGGAAGUCCUUGAUUGCUCAGUGUGAAGCAUUGGCUGAUAUGAAGUUCGCCUAUGUAGUAUCAUGCCAACAAUAUGGAAAUGACAAGCGUUCUGCUCUUUCUAAUGCCCACGACAUAUUGCAGCUAAUGAGAACGUACCCUUCUCUUCGUGUAGCAUAUAUUGAUGUGGUGGAAGAUAGAGUAGGAGAGAAGCAAAUUGAGACAGCUUAUUACUCUACUUUGGUAAAGGUUGCUCUAAAUAAGGACUCUGAAUCGGCAGAUCCAGUACAAAAUCUUGAUCAGGUUGUCUACCGGAUAAAACUUCCAGGCCCUGCAAUAUUGGGAGAAGGAAAACCCGAAAAUCAAAACCAUGCAAUAAUUUUCACCCGUGGUGAAGGCCUGCAAACCAUAGACAUGAACCAGGAUAACUAUAUGGAAGAAGCACUUAAAAUGAGAAACUUGCUUCAAGAGUUCCUUACAGAAGAUGGAAUCCGGCAGCCAUCUAUACUUGGAGUUAGGGAGCACAUUUUUACUGGCAGUGUCUCCUCCCUUGCAUGGUUUAUGUCAAAUCAGGAGCACAGUUUUGUGACUAUUGGACAACGGCUGCUUGCAAACCCUCUGAAGGUUCGAUUCCACUAUGGCCACCCCGAUGUAUUUGAUAGGCUUUUCCAUCUAACAAGGGGUGGUGUCAGUAAGGCAUCAAGGAGUAUCAACUUAAGUGAAGAUAUUUUUGCAGGGUUUAACUCAACUCUUCGUGGAGGCAAUGUAACACAUCAUGAAUAUGUGCAAGUUGGAAAGGGAAGAGAUGUAGGACUAAAUCAGAUCUCCAAGUUUGAGGCUAAGGUGGCAAAUGGAAAUGGUGAGCAGACCCUUAGCCGCGAUAUCUACCGGCUUGGGCACCGGUUCGAUUUCUUCAGGAUGCUUUCAUGCUACUUCACCACCGUGGGGUUUUAUUUCAGUACACUGUUGACAGUCCUCACAGUUUAUGUGUUUCUGUAUGGGCGCCUUUAUCUUGCUCUCAGUGGACUUGAAGAAGGGCUUUCAAAACAACGGAAAUUCAGCCAUAAUCAUGCUCUUCAGGUUGCUCUUGCCUCGCAGUCUCUUGUUCAGCUUGGUUUUCUGAUGGCCCUGCCCAUGAUGAUGGAAAUUGGCCUUGAAAAAGGAUUUGGCAAGGCACUAAGUGAAUUUAUAAUGAUGAACUUGCAAUUGGCAUCCGUGUUUUUUACAUUUUCACUUGGUACCAAGACUCACUAUUAUGGACGUAUGUUGCUUCAUGGAGGUGCUCAAUACAGAAGUACCGGCAGGGGCUUUGUUGUCUUUCAUGCAAAGUUUGCGGAAAACUACAGGCUAUAUUCUCGCAGUCACUUUGUUAAAGGCAUUGAGUUGAUGAUCCUGCUCAUCGUUUAUCAACUAUUUGGUCAAACUUCCCACUCGACCAUCGCAUAUAUCUUUGUUACGUCCUCUAUGUGGUUCCUAGUGUUGACAUGGCUCUUUGCACCCUUUUUAUUCAACCCCUCGGGGUUUGAGUGGGCGAAAAUUUUGGACGAUUGGUCGGAUUGGAAUAAGUGGAUCAGCAAUCGUGGUGGGAUUGGUGUGUCACCAGAAAAGAGCUGGGAAUCCUGGUGGGAGAAAGAGCAGGAGCAUCUGAAGCAUACAGGAACACUCGGAGUCUUCUUUGAGAUAAUUCUGUCCCUGCGGUUUUUCAUAUAUCAGUAUGGCCUUGUGUACCACUUAAGUAUCACAAAGGAGAACAAAAGUAUUCUGGUUUACUUAAUUUCAUGGCUCGUGAUUUUAGUGAUGCUGGUUAUUUUGAAGAUUAUAUCUGUCGGAAGGCGGAGGUUCGGCGCGAACUUUCAGCUGUUCUUCCGUCUGAUCAAGUUCAUGAUAUUCGUUUCCUUCUUCGCCAUUUUGGUUGUGCUGAUAGUACUGCUUCACAUGACUAUAAAAGACAUACUUGUCUGCUUCCUGGCAUUCUUGCCCACCGGAUGGGGAAUACUGCUGAUUGCGCAACCUUGCAGACCUCUUUUUCGGGUCACGGGGCUAUGGGGAUCUGUCCGAGCCCUUGCGCGGGCAUACGAGGUUAUCAUGGGGAUGCUUCUCUUCACGCCGAUUACCGUCCUGUCAUGGUUCCCCUUCGUCUCCGAGUUCCAGACGCGGAUGCUGUUCAACCAGGCGUUCAGUAGAGGGCUGCAGAUAUCCCGGAUUCUCGGUGGUCAGAAGAAGGAACGGGCCUCCAGCACCAAAGACUAACUCAGCUCUUUUGCCCAGUUGCAUGCCAUUUUCAAUAUGGUGCUACUUCAGAAUACGUAGGUUGUGAAUAUUCCAGGAUAUAGAACAUUUCCUGUGAUUACAACUGUAUACAAGUUGUGAAAUAGUAUAUCUGCUAAUUGCGAUGCAAGGAAUCGUAGUCGUCGGAUACUGCCAUUUUCUUGUGUAAAUACUACAGCAAAUUUUUAUACGGGCAUUUUAGCAAUGGCCACGAUUUGGGGACAUUGGCCAUUGAGUA